UGUUAAUUCGCUGUCUCUCCACUUUUCUAUAUUCGACCAGAGCCUCCUAUUAGGCCAUUCCCAUCCCGAACUCGGACAUGUUUUUCGGUGCUGAGACGGGCUACGCAAUCUCCGAGUGGCCGCCCACUCGUUUCAACUUCCAACUCAUAAAACCAACACGUUCCCUCGCACAGCCAUCACUCAACAUUCCCAGCAAAUUACCAAAUGUUAAUAUAUGGUACGCUUGUAUAAGACACUUGAAUAUUUUGUUGUCAUCAAUACCUUUAUCUCUCCCCGCCCUCGUCAGUCCCUUGAGGGAUCCGAAACGAACAUGAUCAACGCUCUCCGCAACGUCGUGGUGGUUGGAGGCUCGUAUGUCGGGGUCAAUGCUGCAAAAGAAUUGGCGAACUUGCUCCCGUCAACCCACCGCGUCCUUUUGAUCGAGCCACAUAGCCAUUUUCACCAUCUAUUCGCCUUUCCUCGGUUUGCAAUCCUACCAGACCAUGAGCACAAGGCCUUCAUUCCCUACAAGGGCGUCUUCUCGGCAGCACCUGACGCCUCCCGACAUGCUGUCGUGAAGGCAAGAGUGGUGUCACUCCAGGCCACGCAACUCACCCUUGAUCGUGAGUGGGAGGGUUCGCGACUGGUCUCUUUCGAGUACCUUGUGGCUGCAUCAGGGACUCGGUUGCCCGCCCCUGGAUCGAUGCAGAGCAACGAAAAGCCUCCAUCAGUCGAUUACUUCAAAGUGCACCAGGAAGGAGUAAAGAAGGCACCGUCGAUUCUCAUCAUUGGUGGUGGAGCAGUCGGUGUGCAGAUGGCAUGCGAUUUGAAGGAGGUCUAUCCUGACAAGGAGAUCACGUUGGUGCAUUCCCGGGAUGUACUGAUGCCAGUCUAUCAUGAGAAACUGAGUAACAUCAUAAAAGACCGUUUCAAGGAGCUUGGCGUCAACCUGGUCACUGGGUCGCGCGUCAUCGUCCCACCAGCCGGAUUCCCCACAGAUGGCCGCGCUUUCGAGGUGGAGCUCAAGGACGGUCAAAAGCUCUCCACCAAUCUGGCCAUCCUGGCCACAGGCCAGACACCCAACAAUGGAUUUCUCAGCAGCCUCCGUUCCUCGUCGAAGGACUCGCUCAUUAACCCCGCCAACGGCUUCAUUCGUGUGCUGCCCACCUUCCAGUUCCAGGAUCCCCUGUACCCCAACAUGUUCGCCAUUGGUGACAUAGCGGAUUCCGGGGCCCACAAGGCGGCGAAGCCCGGCAUGGGGCAAGCCUCUGCGGCGGCCAGGAAUAUCGUCGCCAUGAUUGAGGGGAAGGCGCCCAGUGAGACGGUCGCCGUAGCACCGCCGGCUAUUCAUCUGACUCUCGGCUUGACGAAAAACAUCAUUUUCAGGAAUCCCAAUCUCAAGGAGGGAGCGACAGAGCCGUUCACCAAUCUGAAAGACGAUGGCCAAGCGGAUAUGGGAAUCGAGGGAGUCUGGGCGAAGAGAGGUGUUACCGUUGCCAGCCCCCAAGAAUAUCACUUGUGAGGGAGCGAGGUUCAGUUACGGGUCCAUGAUCGGACGAUUUUCGUUUGUCUCUUAAACUAAUGGAGAAUACAAUGUCGAGCUUGGAAGACUAGAGCUGCUUUACUCGGAGAGGGGAGAAGAUGGCUGUAUAGAGCCAUGAUACAAUAGAACCAACACUUCAGUCCCCCAGAGCGAUGUCCUGCUCAUCUGCGCCCACCUGUCCAGGCCGCCGUCCCCCUACCAAUCGCGCUCCGUCGUCUCG